UCAUAUUGACUACCGAUACGAGCCAAUUGCUACACGACGUGGAUAAACUCCGCCUUGCAGUGCCUCGUUAGUAUCACACGAGAGAACGCCUCUUACGUUAUAGCUCGUGUUGGAGGAGCUACAGAAGUAGCUUCAGAGUUGGCUACAGGUAUACAAGGGCUACGGACCAGUAUAAAGGCAUUCGAUAACUUUCAAAAGUCCACCACUUCUCCCUCUACAAUCAACUCAAUACCCACUUUUCAUUAAAUAACCUGCUUGUGAAGAUGAAGUCUCUUCUCUCCUUACUCAUCUUUGGCGUUGGUGUUGUCAAUGCUGCCGUCCAGGGUUUCGAUAUCUCGCACUACCAGAGUAGUGUGAACUUCGCGGCUGCGUAUAGCUCAGGGGCGCGGUUUGUGAUUAUCAAAGCCACAGAAGGCAACACAUACCAAGACCCCUCCUUUUCCUCCCACUACACCUCCGCCACUUCCGCCGGCUUCAUCCGCGGCGCCUACCACUUCGCGCGCCCGGACGGCGCCUCCGGUACAACCCAAGCCUCCUACUUCGUCUCGCACGGCGGCGGCUGGUCCGCCGAUGGCAUCACUCUCCCGGGUAUGCUGGACAUAGAGUACGGACCCGACAGCUCCUGCUACGGGCUCUCCACCUCCGCCAUGGUGUCUUGGAUCUCGGAUUUCGUGAGCCAGUACCACAGCCUCACGAGACGGUAUCCGAUGAUCUAUAGCACUAACGAUUGGUGGACGACGUGCACGGGAAAUAGCAAGGCGUUCUCGGCGAAUUCGCCGCUCGUGCUGGCGCGGUAUGGGAGUUCGGUUGGGGCGAUUCCGGGGGGGUGGGGGUAUCAGACGAUAUGGCAGUAUAGUGAUUCGUAUGCGUAUGGCGGGGAUGCGGAUACGUUUAAUGGGUCGUUGGAUAAUUUGAAGAAGCUUGCGACGGGGUGAGUGGGGCGAGGAUGGUUGUCUUGAUGGGAGUCUUCUCGGUCGGGAGAUUUAUGUGGUUUUGAUGAAAUGCCUUUGAUUUAACAACCGUUCAACGCUCAGCUACUAGGCAAAUCUAACGACCCAAGAAGGGCAUUGUCCAUACUUUUAUUU